AUGUCCGAUUCACACAGAAACAGGCAACACGUGUACCUUUUUCCUCAUGGGCGCUCUGUGUCGAAGGAGUUGCUCGACGAAGUCAAUGAGACUCUGAACACCCUUGCCUUCGAUGUUACGACGUCUACCACAUCAACAUCUUCUUGGGAUUAUGACGACCUGCAGAAGAUAUCAACGGCCACGCGGAACAUUGAAGUGAGUUUGAUGCAUCAAAUUAUGCAGUUUACCAAGAGAUCUCACAUGGUCGCAGCCUGGGAUCGCUUUGUAAACAUGCAUGGUGAACGUGAAGCCCGCCUAGAGCGGCAUAGGAGUACGUACGAGCAAUCUACUCGUAAACCCUCGCGACUGCUGCGAUGGGUAUCCCCUCUGUUCUUCAAUCUACCGCUCCAGUAUCUCGACCGAACGGUGAACUAUCAGCCAUGGAAAGCCUUCAUCACUAAUCUUCAAAAAGAUUGGGAGACCUCCAUCACCCCCCUCGGCAACAUCAUCUUGUGUACUAUUCUCUCUCGGGAACACCGCUUGGAUGCGCACAUGACUGCAGAAUCGGCGUUUGCCAAGCGUACUGUUUCUCUGGGGAUGGGGGCCUUCUACAUCGCGAUCACAUGGGUCUGCUUAGCAGGGACAGGCUUAUGGACUCGCCUGCUCAGCGGGUUCAUCUUCGCCAUCGUCUCACUCUGCAUCUUGCUCACUGUCGUUUUCGACUUGUGGUCGGCGCAGAGCCUCCAGGACAAGGUCCCGCAGCUGUUCGACUGUUUCAGCAAUCCUCGUCAAACCAUGCGAAGCGCUUCCAGAUCUGUCUUUGGCGCGUUUUCCGCCUUUGGAAAGACACGCCGUACCACCUCAAAAUCUCAUGUACGCCCAAGCUAUUCGCCGAAGCGUCAUGGCCUCGUGCAGAUCUACGGGAAUGUACCAAUGUUCUAUAACGAGCAUCCUUCCAGCUAUAGCGAUUCUCCAGAACAGAUGCACCACUACUCGUUGAUACGGGCCCUGGAAUUGAAAUCGAACUUCGCAGUUCUCAAUUCAAGCACUCAGAUAGUAUGGUACAAUGACCUCGAUUCGUACACGUCGUCUACGCAUCAAAGCACUUUGCUCCUGUCCCCCAAGACGGAAGCAGAUGCAGCGACUGCAUGCGAGGCGCUAGCGGAAGCACUUCUCCCGGUCAACGAGACGUUCUUCACCACGGAACUCCUGUACUGGGUCGCUUCAUCAGGAACCGCGUGCCAGGCGGUCAAUGUCCAGGGAUACGUCUCCUCCGUCUCCUGCGAUACGGUCUUGCCUGCGUUCUGCAGCCAGAGCUCAGCGAUCGGCGCUGCCGCAGAGCCGACGAACAAGAUCACUGUCUACGCCAGCAACCUGACUAUCACUGGGUACAUCCGUGUCCGGAGUUCUGGCCCCUCGUUCCGAUUCGAGGGCAUUCCGUACGCCAAUGCCCCGGGGCGCUUCACUUACUCCACGAUGUACUCAGGGAAUACAGUACUAAACGCGACAGCCUACGGGCCAGAGUGUAUCCAGUCGGGUGUCCCACCGCCAUACGGCAGCGAGGACUACCUCUUCCUCAACAUAUAUACCCCGUACAUCCGGCAGAAUGGGACCGCCUCGACGGAGGGCCUGAAGCCGUCCGAUGGAGGGAACAUGGCCUCUCGUGGCGACGUCGUCAUCGUGACGAUUAACUACCGACUCUCUACGCUCGGCUUUCUCGCGCUCGAAGACGGGCAAACGAACGGCAACUUUGGCAUCGCUGACCAGAUCCUGGCGCUCGACUGGGUCAGGCAGUACAUCACUGCGUUCGGCGGCGACCCGACUCGUAUCACGAUGUUCGGGCAGUCGGCGGGGGCGGGGUCCGUCCGCGCUAUGCUGGGCUCCUCGCAGACAAUUGGCAAGUUCGCGGCGGCUAUCCCGAUGAGCAACUUGGCGGGCUCGGACUACGCGACGACGUACUCGCUUUACUACACUAUUUCGGAGGAGGUGUCCGUCGCGGUGGACCCCAUUAUUGAGGAGACCAGUUGCAGCGCCUCUGAUGCGCUGACGUGCCUGAGGGACUAUGACGCUUAUAGCCUCGUCACUCUGCACAAUGUAGCUAGGUAUAAUGUCGUAGACGGCACGAUCAUCACUACGGAUGGACUUAUCCUCAACGGUACUGGGUAUGUCGCCAAAGUGCACGUCAUGAUGGGUAACAUGCGAGAUGAUGGUGCAGCGUUCAUCGGAUACCCGACGACCACGAAUGUGACCGCCGCUCUGGCAGCACAAUAUCUCCCGACAGGUGUGGCCAACAACCCUCUCAUCGAGUCAUAUACCACAGGGCCGAACGUCACACUCGAUGUCUUCAAUCUACCAGCCGCCUGGGGAACAGCCCCAACUUACCCUGUCUGCGAAGCCCUGACUACUGCUGAAUAUCCGUAUGGCGAUCCGUCCCAGGAAUACUUCAAGUGUCAUUCUGGCGAGGCGAUGUACGUAUGGGGUGGUCUCGGCGAUCUCCCCUACCGCGACGACCAGGACCUACUCUUCAUGCAGCGCAUGGUGGACGUCUGGACGGCGUUCGCGCGCACGUACGAUCCGAACCCUGAUGCGGAGUAUCUGACUGUCCGAGGUUACAACGAGACACUUGCGGCGGUCAACGCAGAGGCCCCUUGGGAGGAGGUCACGCCGUCCAACUUCUACACAUCUGCGCUCAGAACGCUCCAAUGA